AUGGAUUUCAAUCGGAGCUUCACUUCGAAUCUCGGAAGUGCUACUAGUGCUAAAUCACAACAGAGCAUGUUCAAAGCACUUCGACGACUUCAUGGACAGAAUUUAGAGAGCCGGGGACUUCAUGAUAUGACAGAAGCAUUCCAAUCGUUUGUCACUAGAGCCCGGUUUUUCAGUAUUGGAAAAUUAAGACGAACAUGGUCUCACUCCGCAGCAGAGUUUAUGAAAUAUCGCCGUCUUUUACCUAUGUUGCUUGCUGACGGAGAAGCAUUCGAUGGUGGAGAAACUGAUGACUUUGAUGCUUCAAUUGCUUUCCAACACACUUCAAGAGAUGAUCGGAAAAUAGUUGUGUCAAAUAUUUCUUCCCGUGUCACUCAAUCACAACUUCAAUCGUUUUUCUCGCAAUACGGAAAAAUAACCAGUUGUAUUUUACCGAGAGAAGAAAAGAAGACAUCUAUAUUUGGAACCCUUCCCAAACAUUCCAAAAAUUGUGGAACAGCUACUAUAACUUUCAAAAAAGCUGAACAUGCUGAACGCGCAAAGAAUGCAAGUCCAGAAGAACUGAAAUUUUAUGAACAAGUGAUGGUUGUUUCAGCGUACGUUUCAAAAAAACGAGGUGGAAAAGGUUUGGUACUCAGUGAUGAUGUUGGAAGUCGCGAAGACACACCGCUUUCGCGAGCAUCAUCAACGCAAUCACUUGCUUCUGGAUCUGAACAAAACUUCAAUCUUGGAGGAGUCCCCGACAAAGUUCUGAAACGAGUAAUAUCGUUUUUGCCAAUUCAUGAAACAAUUCGAGUGGAACGAGUGAAUAAAAAGUUUAUGGAAGAGUCAAUUAAAUCAUGGGAAUUGGUGAACAGAUUGAUUUUGGCACGAGAAACUGUCUUUAGUAAGCAAAGACCAAUGAGAACGAAUCACCUAAAAGCGAUUUUAACUCGUGCUGGUGUUCAUCUUCGUUCCCUUGAUAUGUCUGGAAUUGUUCAUCUUUUGGAUGACCGGCGUGCUUUGAAAGUCAUCGCAACAUGUUGUCCAAAUCUAGUUGAACUUGAUAUUAGCGGAACUCAUGCACAAGCAGAAGCGCUUGAAGAGCUUGGUGAAUCACUCGCACACCUUGAGCAACUUUCUUAUCGAGGAAUGGAAACAACUGGCGACAAAGCAUUUUACUUUCUUCUCAAAAAUUGCGGACACUCCCUUAAAUUCGUGGAUUUACGUAAUUCCAAGCGAUUACAUGGUAGAUCAUUCCGUCUUUUCGGCUCACAGUUGGAGAGUUUAUACUUGGACGGUUCUUCGAAAAUCGAUGAAAUGGCAUUUGAAGAUUUGUGCACGAGUUGUGGAGGAUUGAAAGAACUUAGAAUGAACGAGUGCUAUAAAAUAACAGAUGAAAAUUUGAGUAUGAUUGCAAGAAGAAUGGAAGAUCUUUCCAUUCUGACACUUUGUGGAGAUGGUUUUAAAAACUUAACCGCUGCGGGUUUAAUUCAUAUAAGUCAUAUGAAAAACAUCACCGAACUAGCUCUGGACUACAAUACUCUUGUCAAUGAUGAACUUCUUAUCUCUGUGUCGGCUGGUCUUCCUCUUCUCGCAUCUCUCAGUCUCGCAAACGCUGGAGAUGAUUCCUCAAUUACCGCUGAAGGAGUUUCUGCCAUCCGAAAUUUAAAAGAGCUUACGCAAUUAGAUGUUUCCUCAUUAGCAGCUGUCAAUUCGAAAGUUAUGACUCAAUUAGGAGCAUUGGAAAAACUUGAAAUAAUUCAACUCCGAAAUUGCACUUAUCUUGGAAAUGAAGGUGUUCGAGCAAUGUUAAAAAUUCCGAAUCUUCGUCACGUGGACUUGAGUGGAUCAAUUUUAGUUUCGAAUGAGUCCAUUCAAGAAUUCAUCAAAGCCUUUCCAUCAGGACCGAAGCUUCCACCAAUCACACUUGUUGUCGGAGGAACAGCAGCUGAUGCAUCUAAACUCUCCGUCCGUGGUUCAAGAGUGGUCGUGGAUUUUUCUGAUUAUUCAACAAUCGUUGCAAUGCAGACUAGUCAAAGCUCCGCUUCGAAGUUUGCAAUUGGGUCUUCUUCAGACGUUGAAGACUGCUCAGAUGAUGAGUUCGAAGCUCUCACAGCUCAGAGAAGCUUCUACAUUGAUGCUGUUUGUGGAGAGGAAGACUCGCCCAUAACCGACAACGGAAAACUUGCUGAAUGGGCCGAAAAAGAAGCGAGAAGUCUCGGUCUUAUAAAAGAUUAG